GCUUUUCGUGAAAAGAUGUCCGACAUGAUCAUUUUACAGUGUUGAAGGUCGACAAAAAUCCGGCCAAUCAGGAGUCGAGGAAUGAGUAACUUGUGCGUUUGGUAAGCAUGAACGCAGUGCCUUGGAACGACUCUCACGGCAUGCUUUCCAACGGACAGCAGCAAGACGUACAUGGCGUCAGACACUCGAGCCUUCGUUCGCAGGACGAUGCUAUGGUCGGCUAUUUCUUUCAGAGGCCACAAUCUGACAGUGACCUACAGACUCAGUACACCAAAAAGUGGGCUGUUGGUGACGACAGUGUGCUAGAACAAUUACGUGCGUCAGACGUGCAUGUAUCUGAAUUGGACAGUAACUUUCAAGCACUAGCACUAGAGAGAGGAAACCAUCAGCUGCAUGCACUAGAUGUUGGCCAACAGAUCGCUCCUACAGCGAAGAAGAUAUGGAACUCCAAUGCGGAGGAGCAUUCGAAAAGUGAUGAUGCGAAGGGAAUUUUCCUUGGGGGUGACCAGACAUGGAGGGAGCUUGCCUGGAGCACAGGCCCCAUACAACCAUCAGGUAUGCAGCGAGCGAAAUUAGCGCUAUUUUGCCAGCGACC